GUGCAGAUUCCGCUUCUAGAAGCCUAAUUCUGGCGAUGGGAGUGAGUGUGUUGUGUUCGCUUCUGGCAAUUUUGUCUUGCCCUCCGCUGGCUUAGCUUUACCGAGCGAGAUAUUCUGCUGUAAAAAGCGAGCUUAUUAAAGUACUUUAGAAGCGAUUCUCAAGUUCGUUGAGGCCUCCAUUGUCAGAUCCGCGGCAGAGCAUCGAUUAGGCAAGGUUGAAAUCGUGCUCGAUGGAUUGCAGCUUCAAAAGCGACAAGUUGUGUGAGUCUGGCAGGACAGAAACCACUGUGAUCGUGUUAUGUGGAGUCACAUGACAUGAAUUUCCUUGACUGUCAUGACCACAUCGAGCAACCAGAGCACUUUUCAGGGAGGGGAAAGAGAAGAUAAGCCUCUGCUUAAGUUGUUGACCAAGUGUGGAAGAGCUGGGUGGUGUAACAACUAAACGUGUACUCAAUGUUUGCACCUAUGCAACGAGCGGUGUUUCUUCAACCUGCUAAACGAGAGUGUAAGUAGUACGAUCACGCAAAAGUGUGAAGGUAACCUUGAAUUAAAGCGGAACUCGAAGGACUGCAUCAUUGUUACAGGAAUCCGCUACUAGCUGGACGUACUCAUGUGAUGAAGCAAUAUCCUCAUGAUUCGCGUCUCAUACCUGAAAGAUACAUUUUGCCUCUCUCGUACGGCAGCAGAAUUAAGGCUGACGGACUUGGUAGCGGUGGUGCAUGUGCAAUACGUUCAUUGUUCGUAGUUCACAUAGUAUCAGUAUAUAAUAAUUGGAGCUAGAGUGAUAGAGAUGUACUCUUUGUCAGUUGCUUGGCUUUCUCAUGGCUGACUUUGGGAGAUAGGGCUUCUGCAUGACUCAUUAGUGUGACCUGAAGCACACAACGUCGUGGCUCCCUCAAUUUCCUCAUCGUUGAGGGAUGGGUUGUUGCCCAGUCUUCUUUUUCGUUCGGGCUCUACAAACUUGCCAAUCUCAAUGCAUGUUCUGCUUGGGACAUUUCAAAGAAACUGACGGUCUAUUCUCCGAUCGCCAAUUAGGAGAGAUUGUCGAAGUGCACAUUCAAAGUCUUUAAUUACAACUUUAGAAAUCGUCAACGGCAUCGCGGAAUUUAAGAUUCCUUCAUAAUCCUCGGGGCGUCAACUUGCCCAACUGUACCGUUGGUGCAUAAGAAUCAUUUCAGGAACUAUAGUCGAAGGUGUGAGUCAUUGUAUGCAUGAGGACCGUUGUGUGGGGUAGCGUUUCCGGAAAAGUCCGUUCCCUAGUCUCUCCUACUUUGCUAUCAGGCGAGGGGGAGAGACUGUGGAGUACGGAUUGCACUUGCGAGGUUUGACAUCUGCCACUAGCACUUCAAUUCUGCAACUGCGAGGGAUUGCUUGUCUAAACUUCGAACACGUGAUUGAUUCAUAUUGGACCUGCGCAGUUUUGGGACUACCUAUGUGCAAGUUUUUAGCCUGUCAGAUCUGGAUCGCAAGGCAUGAGUUGUGUGCUUUUGUUGAGUGCGGGAUAGGUGGACGAGCUUUGUGCUUAGCGGAAAAGUAAUCAUCUCCUGUUCGCUGGUUUUGAAAGGGGUGGUAUGAGUUUAAUCUAUUCACUGGACGGUUGAUGGCUGAUCAGCUUUCUCUGACCUGCGCAAGCCUGCUAGGUGUUAUGGAGUCGAAGGUUGAACCCUAUUGAGAGUUGCAACUGUAGCAUGUCAGAAUAGCUCGAGGAGAGCGAGGAAGAGAGAUUUGAAACUAUCUUACCAGCAUGUGGACUCCGACGGGUAAUCGGCAAUCAGAUAAUAUCUCAAAGAUGGAGGACGGCGCGAAUAAUCGGACGAAGACGCGGCGAAGAGUGAUUAACCAAGUUAGGGUUUUUGCUGGUACCGUGAAAUGGUCGUACUUAGAAAUGGAGGACGAUUUGAAGUGCCGUUUUUGGAAUUUUUUUUCUGGAAACAAGUCCAAAUGUAACAAUAAGAAUUGUCCUACUUGCUAUCCUAAGCCUGUAGAGACCACGGAAUCGUCACAUUUUCGAGACGGACGCAUUUCUACACUUCUUCAGAAGAUAAGGACAUGGCCAAGGUUAGGAAGCCGGAGGAUCAGGAACCAUACUGCACAGGGCGCUCAACAGCCUCAGCCUGGCCAAUCCCCUCUACCCGGUCGUAUGAAAGCGGCCUCGUUUCCCGCCAAGCAUAGAGAUUUGUCUCGAGCAAGAUUCCUUCCAAGAUUUAAGAAAUUUGAAAGUAUUCGAGAAGAAAGUGAUUAUUCAGGUUCAACUAGAGCUGAGAACCAGUUGCCGAAGGCCAGUGAAUCACUGUACACCCUACCUGUUGUCGAAGUUGACAUAGGUGGUAAUGACACUGAGUCGACUUCUGUAGAAGAUCUUAGCAAGUACUCGUAUUCAUUCGGGAGUGACAUGUCAUUUGGAAACCGGGACGACAGCAUGGCCAAAGAUCAAAGUAUGUCUCGUGAUAUUCCCAGCACAAUGAUUCAGAAUAUCGAUCCACCUAGAAAUACGGGACAGGAUACACAUCCUACUUCAGCAAGUAGUGCUGAGGUUUCAGAAAGUGCAGGACCGACUUUUCAAUCUAGGGGCUAUGCUGUGCCGUUUCAAGGCAGUUCACUGGGACCGACUACGCCCUCCCCAGCUGGAAGCAGUGAAGUUGCAGAUAGUUUGAGAACGACUUAUGACCAUGGGUGGCACACUCAAACUACCGACCAGAUUGAGUCACCAGUUCCUGAACCGUGUGCGUUACAUGUAGAGAAAAUUCCCCAGCCCAGAUACAACGGAGUCAGAUGGAAAGCUAAAAAAUGGACUUCAGAAAUACGGCCAACGGGUGCUAAAAGAACUGUUUGGCUUGGGACAUACAACACGGAGGAAGAGGCUGCAAGUGCGUACGAUGCUGGAAUAUAUUACUACAACAAGCCCAGAAAUUACAAUUUUCCUGAUUCAGAGACGUACCUACCUCGGCUAAAUCCUAGCAUGGAUGAUAGAGCGCAACUGAAUUUUAUCAAGACCCAGGCGCGGCUCAUUGCACAGAAAAGGGCUAAAAUUAUGGCUGAACAUACUGCUGUGCCAAGAAGAAAUUCUCACCCAUCUGAAUUCAAUCCUAGAACUCCUGAUACGCCCUCUUCAGAAGCAGGGCCAGCUGACUCCCGCCCGGGCAUGGGAGAGCCUUCAAGAUCAUCAAGUAUUUUCACUUCACUGAAAAGAGUGUUGUCCGGAGACUCAGGGUUUUCCAAGACUUCUCGUAGAAAAUACUAAUUUUAGUAGAUCAGGUCACAGCCAUCUGAUUACAGCCUCUUCGGAUGAUCCGAGUUCAACAAUGAAUUGGAAGGUGAAUGUAUCGGUGGACGAAUCCUCACUGCUCCAUAUAUUCCAUGGCAGCUUUGAUUCGUGCCUGAAAAACGAGAACCUAUUACUGUCACUUUUCACAAGCUUUGCAUCUCUGAGACACCAUUUGAGGCCAACACCAGCUCUACUGACGAAAAGAACUGACUUAUGUAAUCGACUGUAAGGGAGCUGCUGGCCGCUGUUACCUUGUGUAAUGUUAAGCAAGGUCGGGUAAGCAGUGAACCGCCGAGAGCAUCUCCGACAUUUGGUUCUUUAAAUUUUUUUUGAACUUUCAGUUCGUCCUGAACUGUAGAUAUUGAUUUACCUGUGUGGACAUUUGGGAGUUUGAGUUGGAUCUUGUCUGCCGCAUCGCCAACCAUGUCCUGAAUUUCCUGUGCACUCAAUAUAUUCUCUGAGGUCGAUUUUAGAUGGAUGAGAUCAAUAAUGUCUUGGGUGGAGCGAAUGACAUCGAUAUUUUGGCACUGUGUGAAUGUGAAGUAUGGCACUGUUCAAGAGAAUCUUGCCCCAGGUAUGUCAUUAUUCACUUUGAUGCUUUCAGGAACGGAUACUUCCGUGCCAACUCUAUUCCGCACUCUUGAAGGUCCAUGCUUUUGUGUGUUGCAGCUCCAGCUGUUCUUAUAUAAGUCACUGAUGAGGGUUACAUGGGUAAUACCAUCCUGUGUCCUGCAAUUUGGAGAAUACUUGUGAAGCUUCUGCUUGUUCAGAGGCCACACAUGAAGGCGUCGAACACUUCAGUUGUGGUUGAGCUGCUCAUUGAGUUGGUUAUAAGUUCUAAAAACAAGUUAGAGUUCAAUGGAGGCGAAAUUCUUUGGACCCUGAAUCCAAAGUGUCGUUAGUUAUGUUGAAGAUGCGGUUUCACCGAAUGGAGAAGGUUCUUGUCUAAGUUGUCAUUUUAGUUUCAUAUCAUUCACACACCACGCUGCAGCAGGAGGUUACUGUCUUGCUCCUCUAGCGAUUGCCUGGUCUUGGACGUGUAAUACGAACGAUCGAGAGCUCCCAUUUGCUGCGGUGAUAGAGGAUAGGCAGUUUUUGGCUCUUGUAUAUGGCACUGUGUUUCUAUCACAGAAUUGAAAUGUUAUGUUUCUAAAUGUGUCUUUACUUGGGAGAAGUCGCGGUAUACGAAUCAACGCUUGACAAUAUUAAGUUUGAGGAUGUGAGCUAGUUUGAAGGGCGAAGUCGAUUUUUUUUGGUGCUGACAACGGAAUCCCGAUUGGAGUUGCUGGCGCAAGCAACCGCAGGACGUGUCUGUCGGCACUGCUCUUAGGAAAUGUGAGAUCCUUGUAAGACAUUUUCUUCUCCCGAAUUUUAGUUGUCUGGUGGCGUAUGGAUUAGAACAUGAGAUGAAGGUGCUGACCUCGAAUAUUACUAAUUCAUUUUGUGUUAAUUAAUCUCUAUUACUUGCGGUAUGUUUCAUGGUUUUGAGAUGGUCCUUUCUGACGCGAAGAGUUGCUUUUUCUCAUUUAUAAAGAAGAUGUAUGUUAUUCACGGGUA